AUGCCGGCGCCCAUGGAAGAUGGAGAAGCUGAUCAGGUGAUCUCAUCCUACGCCCAAUGGCUAGUGAACUGCCUGUCUGAACAUCGGGCACGGGAGGAAGUCUUGUCCAAGGAGAUCACCGCGGUGCGAGAGGACCAGCUGGAAAACGUGGCGCGGCAGCUGGGGCGCCUGGCGCAGGACCUGGAGGCCACCAAGGUGGAGCUGGCUGAGGUCGUCAUCGAAAAGGAAGAAGAUGAAGGCGAGCUGAAGCGAGAAGUGGACUCCCUGCGCAAGCUGCUUGAAACCCAGAAGGGCCUUCAACACACGCAGGAGACUCAGCUGCACGCUUUGGAGAAGAAACUCACCGAGGCGUCAGAACGAGAGGUGGCCCUGAAACAAGAGUUGGAGGCCAAGGUCGUGGCCGCUGAAGAUCGCGUCCUACAGACCGAAAACGUUCAAAGCCACCUGACACAACGUCUUGAGGAGUGUGUGGUGGAGAGCCACAUGAUGAAACUCUUCGAAAAAUUCGAUAUCUCCAUGAAAACCCAGCUGGAGCAACUACGAGAGGCACAAGUGGCCCUGCAAAGCCAGUUGCAAACUCAACACCGGGGCGCCAUGUCCAAGGAGGAAGGCAUACGUCGAAUCGUGGAAGAAUGCGACCGAAAACUCUUAGAACUCGCCAGUCGGAUGACCAUGGUCGAGGAAUCCCAUCGCCACGAUGUCGAGCAGAUCCGUAGCGAGAUCCAAGGGAUCUCGCAGGAGAAAGAGGCCUUGAUGACGCCGAACCAAGGCUCUGUGAAGUUCUCCUCCUUGGACACCGAGAGUCUCCAUGCCGGACGCAACGUUGUCAAAGCAGAUCCUCAGACGCCUGCGUCCAUCUCCGUCCCCGUGGCUCCCGUCACGGCCCCCGCCACCAGCGGCAAGCACGGUGCCAUGACGGCGCCGGUCACGGCGCCGCUGCCGGCGCCGGUGACGGCGUCGCUGCCCAGCCUAGGGACGCCGGUGGCAUCCAAUGUGCAGCCGGUGACCCUGGCCAUGGGAACACCACAGAACAUCGUGCAUGGCGCCUACACGACCGACAGUUGGCGCUUUUCCCCAGCACCACAGCCGGUUUGGGCUGUCAGUGGCACAGGUGUCCGACGCUUGUCCGUGUUGGGCACACCUACCACACACGGAUGAGCACCACGACUCGUUUCUCGCGGGAAAGC